AUGAUCAAAGCGAAUGAAAAGAAGUCGUUUUCUGUCAGGGCACGUAGAAGGAUUCCUUCGUCGUCAUUGUCUAGCACAUCAGAUAAAGGUUUCAAAGAAGAGAGUGAAGAGUUGGAAAAGGAGAACUGCUGCGACCGUGAAUUCACGACGUUCUUUUUCGACGAGGAAAUGCAUUUAUUGGCAAAUGAAAUCGCUAAAAAUGAUCGUCGCUACAGCCUGAUGACAUACGAGAAGUUAUCUUCGCCGAUUAUGGAAGAUGAGCCGAUACGCAAUUACGAGGAUCUGGUUCCAGGAAGGCACCGUCGGAGCGGAAACGAACGCGUGCAUCCGAAUAAUCUGUAUACGGCGUUUUCUCGCUCCAAAAGAAGGCUCGAACGUGACUUGCCGGCAUGGAUUGAUGUGGACACAGCUGGAAAAGAUGAUGAACUCAAAUAUUGGCAGGAUCGAAUAAACAAUGUUUAUGAGAACUUCACGAAGCCUUUGCAACCACGUGAUCGUGCCUUUCGUAGCCAUACAUCUGUGACCAAUGAGGGGAUUCUUUCGGAGAACGAAUUCGAUUCCGCUGGCAGUGUAGCAUCGCAGGAGAACUGCGAUAUCAGCAGUGAGAUCUUCGGAUUUUCUGACGGUGAAUCUGAUGGCGAAUUUGAAAACAGUCGUCCUGCUUGCUGA